GCCGCCAUCUUGAAGGCGUAAUUGUUGUCAUGUUUACGUUGUGUGUGAAAGGUGAUUUUUGUAAUUCUUGAAAUAAUAAUUAGAACGAGGUUAAUGUAACAACUUGGAUUAGGUGAAUUACAAAAAUGUUUUACGCACAUUUUGUGCUGGCCAAAAAGGGCCCUUUGGCCAAGAUUUGGCUGGCGGCCCACUGGGACAAGAAGUUAACUAAGGCUCAUGUUUUUGAAACUAAUAUUGAGAAGUCUGUCGAUGGAAUCCUUAAACCAAAGGUCAAAAUGGCCUUACGGACUUCAGGUCAUCUGUUACUUGGAGUUGUCAGAAUAUAUUCUAGAAAAGCAAAGUAUUUGCUUCAAGAUUGUAAUGAAGCCUUUGUAAAGAUCAAGAUGGCCUUCAGGCCUGGCAUGGUGGACUUGCCAGAGGAGCACCGGGAGGCAGCCAUGAAUGCAAUCACAUUACCCGAGGUCUUCCAUGACUUUGACACUGCUAUGCCAGAGCUCAAUGAAGUGGACAUUGAGGCCCAGUUCUCAUUGAACCAGUCCAGAGCUGAAGAGAUCACAAUGAGGGAAGACUAUGGUUCUUUGAAUCUCGUCACCCAUGAUGAUGGUUUUGGUGAUAUGGGAUUCGACACUGACAAUCCUGAUAUAAUGAGAGAGGCUAUUGGUAAUGGAGGUGGUUUGGAACAGAGCAACUUGUUGUUUGCGGACGGGUCGUCGCUGGAGCUGGGCAGUAAGGAGGCGGGGCCGAGUGUACCGCGAGAUGAACCCCGCCUGGAGCCUGCACCUGCGCAUAUGGACGAUGGCUUUGGCGGCACCAUCGCCGAUGUGCCCGAUUUUGGACAUGCGGGAGGUUUAUUCGAAGGGGAUCUGUUUGGAGAUGUGACAGCGGGGAGUUCAGGUGCGGGCGCUGCGGCUGGCAUUCCUGGCACCUCAGCACAGCCACAGUCAUUGCAGGCAGAGAUAGAGGCGGCAGGAGAGCGGGGCGAAGGCGAGGGCGAGGCGGGUGCUGCCGACGUCCAUGACUCGGACGAUGAUAUGGGAGACCACUAUGACGCUGGAACUUCACCCCAUCACAGUUGGGGCGGAUCACCACCUCAUGAUGCCGGGACUCCGCGGCACAUGGAUACCGAUGAAGCAGACCUGAUGCCACCGCCCGCCGCGCCCAGACCUCCAUCAGUCAGGCCCAUGGAUGUGGACGGUGGUCCAGAAGCGGCUGUGGACGAGCCAGUGAAAGCAGCAACUCCUGCGCCGGCGCUGGAUACCACUACACUGCUUAAUAACGACGAGGAAUCGUUUGCAUUGGCCCCAGUCGAUGCUACAGUGCUUAAAGGUAUCACGAAAACUAAACGGAAAAGAAAGCUGAUCGUGGACGAAGUCAAGAAUAUAUCAGGCGAGGAGAUGAAGAAUCAGCUCAGUAAUACAUCAGAUAUAUUGACAACUUUGGAUCUCGCGCCGCCGACACGACGUCUCAUGCAUUGGAAGGAGUCCGGCGGAGUCGAAAAGUUAUUCAGCUUGCCUUCCAAGCCAAUACCCUCUAAGAUAUUGUUCAAGAGAUACGAGCGUAAUAUGACGAAGCGCAGUGAACAAGAGGAGGCGGAGGCUGCGGCCGCGCGUUCACCAGAGCCAGAACCCGUGCGUCGUGCCGGCCGCAAACGAAGACAUGAGGAGUCAAUACAGCCCCCGGACACUCCUGGACCGAGCGCAGACUUGGAGCCCCCGACACCUGUGCCUCAGGAGUACGAGCCCUCAGUCGCGUCGGAGCACAUGCCCGAGCCCCAGUCCCCGCAGGUCUCGAGACAAGACGACGAAGCCCCGCAGACACCUGGUGGCAUGCUAAGUACAUUAGGUCCGCCUUUAACACCGGGACCUUUAACACCUGGCACAUUGCUACAAGGCGGUCUAACACCUGGCGGACUGCAGCAUGGAUCUAUGACACCUGGCGGACUACAACAUGGCGGCCGGACACCGGCAGGUUUGCAGCACGGCUACAUGACACCCGCGGGACUGCAGCAUGGUGAUGGUCAGCCCAUGGACCUAGGGCUCGCAGCUGGCGGUAUGACACCCGCCGGACUGCACCAUGGUGGCAUGACUCCCGGAAGCAUGACGCCGGGCGGCAUGACCCCAGGGUUGGGCCUGGACAGCGGGAUGACACCGGGAGGGCUGGUGCACGGCGGUCUGACACCUGCGGGUCUUCACCACGGUGGAAUGACACCAGGAGGUCUAGAUCAUGGUGGCAUGACGCCGGUGGGUCUGCAGCAUGGUGGCAUGACGCCGGCGGGCCUGCAACACGGAGGACUGACGCCAGCAGGCCUGCAGCAUGGUGGCAUGACACCUGCCGGUUUACAACAUGGUGGCAUGACGCCUGUCGGAUUGCAACACGGCGGGAUGACGCCAUCAGGGCUACAACAUGGCGCGUUACUACAACAUAGUAUGGAGCAGCUGCCGAUGAUGCCGCAGGUGGGGGGAGAGCAGGCGGCGUUGUUGCGGCCUGCGCCCGCGCCCUCUGCACAACCGCACCACCACGAGCCACCGCACACACUGCCCAUGGAGCCAUUACCGUUGCAUGGACUCGACGACCACACCGACUAUCAGACGGGCAUGCAGAUGACCAACUUAGGAUAUGACGACCAACAUGGACAUCACAGUCCGCCACAUGACUAUGAUUUACCGCUCAGUGUUGAAAACGGUGAGGAGGGAUCACGCGAGGCAGGAGAGACGGAGGAGCAGUUCUCUGAGCGCGUGCUGAACCGGCGCGCGGCGCAGCUGUUCGCAGUCAUGCGGCCUCGGCUCGCCGCAGGAGAGCCUCUCUCCUUCAUAGACCUCGCGCCGCCGCAUAACAACAGGAAACAGGUAGCUCAAAAAUUCUACAGUUUAUUAGUACUCAAGAAGCAUCAAGUGCUGAAGUUAGAUCAACGUGAGACAUACGGCCCUAUUCUCAUCUCAAAAGGCGAACAGUUCGAAACUGAAGCGAUAUAAUAAUUUUUAUAGUGUAUUUAUAAAGUUGUCGAAAACAAAAUAUCAAGUAGUUAUAAAAGAGGGUAAUUAUUAUAAGGCGAUGUGAUGCUGUGACAAGAGAUUCUACUGGAGAGUUGAGCCAAAUAUAAUGUGUAAGUAGAUGCCGAUGAGUCGACCUCAUGCAAACGUGAAACGUUGGGUUUCCACUGUCAAAACACUUGUUUAAGAACGCAUUGUCAUUUUUUUCAAACUUUACAGAUAUUUUUUAUAUUACGG